AUGGCAAUGACUAGAGAAGAGAGCGUGGGCCGCCUUAGAGAAGUGUGUGAGCAGUGUCAGGUGAACAUUUUCGGCCCCUCCUUCCUCUCCUUCGUCAUGGACAAGGACUCCACCAGGAUGCUGGGGUCUGGCGGCUACGGCAGCUGCCAGUUGGUCUCGGUCUCUUCUUCGCUGUGGGUCGCCAAGACCUGCUGGACCGCUCCCUAUGGUACUCAAACGCUCAUCCAGGAGAUAAAGGCUCUGUCGGCGCUGCAAGGAUUGGCUGGGGUGCAGAAGUUGAUUGGUGUGUGCCCCGAGGCCCUCACCCUGAUCACAGAAUACUCCGGGGAGACCUGGUCGGAUAUACUCGAGCGCCGGCAGACCUCCGUACAGGUGUGUCUUGAGGUCAGCAGUCAGGUGUGCCGGAUCAUGAGUACCAUCCAUGCUCGGGGAUGGAUACACAUGGAUAUAAAGGCCAACAAUGUUUGCGUGAAGCGCACCAGCGAGGGUGUCCAGGCCACUCUUAUAGACUUCGGCUUGGCUGUACAAGAUGGCGCUCGGGUCAGCUUAGACCAGACUGCCUAG